AUGGCGACCCAACAUGACUUGACCAUGCGCAUGAUCCCGUUCCUUGAUCGGCAUCUCGUCUUUCCUUUGCUCGAAUUCUUGGAAUUGAAGGAGCUUUACAACUCGGAUGACCUUCUCAAAGCCAAGUAUGAACUUUUCCGCAGCUCCAACAUGGCCGAUUUCAUUUUGGACUUGCACCAAAAGAUCAACAAGACUUCUGAAGUCCCUAAGGACAUCUCCGAGAAGCGUCAACAAGUCCUCUCCAAGAUGGAAUCCCUUCAAGCUCAAGUACAAAAGGUCAUGGAAGUCCUUGAAAAGCCAGAGGUGAUUGCUAUGUUGCGUCAGGAUAAGGCUCAGAGCUUGCAAACCUUGAAGGAUGAAUACAACUUUACCGAAGAAAAGAUCGAUCUCUUGUAUGAGUUUGGCCAAUUCGAAUUCGACUGUGGUAGCUAUGGUGGUGCAGCUGAUAUGCUCUAUCAUUUCCGCGUCUUGUCUUCGAAUGAUGAAAAGUGUUUCUCUGCCUUGUGGGGUAAGAUGGCUGCUGAGAUCCUUACCGGUAACUGGGAAGGUGCUUUGGAAGAGAUGCAAAAGUUGCGUGAAGUGAUUGAUCACAAGAGCACGAUCAGCCCUCUUCAACAACUUCAACAACGCACUUGGCUCAUUCACUGGUCACUUUUCAUUGUCUUCAACCAUCCUCGUGGUCGUGACAGCAUCAUUGAUAUGUUCUUUGCUCCUCAAUACAUUAACACCAUCCAAACCUCUUGCCCUUGGGUGCUCCGUUACCUCGCCGCUGCUGUUGUGACCAGCAAACGUAGAAAGCACCAAAUGAAGGAAUUGGUCAAGAUCAUUGAGCAAGAGUCUUAUGAAUACCGGGAUCCUGUCACCGAAUUCGUUGAAGCUUUGUUUGUCCGAUUUGACUUUGAUGGUGCUCAAAAGAAGCUCAAGGAAUGUGAAGAAGUGAUUGCCAAUGACUUUUUCUUGGGUCCUAUUCAAGAUGAUUUCAUGGAGAAUGCUCGUCAAUUCAUUUCUGAAACCUACUGCCGUAUUCAUCAAAAGAUCAACAUCAAGGAAAUGACUCAGACUCUCAAUCUUGGUCAAGAAGAAGGUGAAAAGUGGAUCGCCAACUUGAUUCGAGACACCCGAGUAGACGCAAAGAUUGAUUUUGAAGAGAACACCGUCAUCAUGAACACUCCUGUCACUUCUAUAUAUCAACAAGUCAUUGAGCGUGCCAAGGGCCUUAACUUCCGGUCUGGUGUACUGACCACUGCCAUCAAGCGACGAGAAGCUCAAGCUGCUUCCAAGGAAGUGACCGCCUAG